AUUGUUGGUGCGGGAAUCGGCGGCCUGGCAGCUGCUAUUGCCCUUCGUCGAGCUGGUGUUGAAGUCACUGUACUAGAAACCGCCGCACAAUUAGGAGAAAUUGGUGCUGGCAUCCAAAUGACCCCCAAUGUAUCUCUCCUCCUUCAAAGAUGGGGAGUUGACGAAGUGAUCGGGGACAACCUGGUUCAAAUUGAAGAACUUAACAUGCGUCGCAAAGAUGGCACAAAAGUUGGAUAUACUAACAUCCCCAUUCUUGAGAAGACUUUGGGAAGACCCUGGUGGCUUGUCCAUCGUGCUCACCUCCAUGAGGGAUUGGUAGCUGUAGCCGAGCGAUUGGGCGCAGUAAUCCAUAUUGACUCUCGUAUAGUCGAAAUUGACUAUGACUCAGAAGAUAAAGUAACAGCGAAGACGGCCAAGGGCGUCUCACACAGAUUCGAUUUGUGUAUCGGCGCUGAUGGAGUCAAUAGCGUUGUUCGCAAAACGCUUUUCCCUGAAGUAAAGCCGGAAUGUCCAACCACCAACUGUGCAUACAGGGCGAUCGUGCCGUACGAACGCAUUCGCCAAGACCCAGUUGCGAAGGAAAUUGUUGAUAAAUUGACCAUGGAAGUCUGGAUGGCGCCAAGUGCUUAUGUUAUUACAUAUCCCAUCAGCGGCGGCGAUGACUUUAACAUGGUACUCUCGCAUCAUCCGCCCGAGAAACUCGAGGUCACUGAGCACGACGUCCCAAUUCAGGAAUUGCAAUUUGAGUAUAAAGAUUUUGAUCCUCGGAUUAAAAGAAUCAUUGAUAUGGUUCCACAGACAUCGCGCUGGCCUCUGCUUGUGACUGGGCCCUUGGAAUCAUGGUCAUCACCUAAAAAGAAUGUAGUUUUGAUGGGUGACGCCGCGCAUUCAAUGGUCAACCACAUGGCACAAGGAGCUGCCACAGCCAUGGAAGACGGUGCAUUCUUGGGCAAAUGUAUCGGCGCAGUCACGCAAGGCAAGCUCGCCCUGCGUGAGGCUAUCCGGAUUUACGAAACCGAGCGUAUGCCAAAGGCGUACAUGAAGCAACAAGUUUCAUUUAUCAAUGGCGCGAUUUGGCAUUUACCAGAUGGCCCGCAAAGCCGACUGCGCGAUAUGUCCAUGUCUACUGAGUUGGAGGGAAAGUACUUUAUUCGGAGCAGCAACCUUUACGGAGACCCGCAAACUGUUUUGGAGGUUUACGGGUAUGAUGCCGAAGGCCACGCCGAGGAGUCGCUUGGCCGGUUUUUGAAUGGAGGGAAAGACGCCGUUGAUGCUGACACAGGCGUUCUGCUCAGCAUGGAAAACAAGUACAUGGGAUGGUUCACGAAUGCACCUCUGCAGCAGAAGCGAGUGAUGAUUUAA